AUGUAUUUACCAUUUACAGAUUAAACUUAUGGAAAUUAGUAAUAAAGUUAUAAACAUGAAACAUGCAUAGCUUUAGCAAUUAAUAAUGAUAACACAAUGUUACUCACUGGUUGGGAUGUAAAAACUCUGGUUCAUAUAUUUAAAUAAGGGGUGUUAAAAUAGUUCAAGUUCUUGAAUCAUCAUUCAGCUGAAGUAUCUACACUUAAUUUUUGUGUAAAAAACUCUAACAUUGUAUCUGGCUCACUUGAUGGUUCUAUAGUGAUUUCAUCAAUCUAAUAAAUUGCAAAAUCAAAAUGGAUUUAAAAAUUAAAAGGUCUCUAAGACAUUUUGUGUUUAGUUAUUAGUCCACAGUCUGAAGACUUUAUAGUAGCAGGCAGCCAGGACAACAGUAUAAAAUUUUGGUAAUGUAUCAACAAACAAUUUUCAUAUUCAUAAUCAAUUUUCGAACAUAGUGGUUCUGUAAGUGGACUAUCCUACUGUUAAUAAGAAGACAAAAUUAUUUCUUGUGGUAUAGAUUGUUUGAUUUUACUUAUUGAAUAAGUUAAAAACAAUGCAGUUGUAAGUUGGGUUGUGAAAUAAAAAAUAUAAGUUGAUUAAUUUGGUUAUCGUUUAAGCUUUAUAAAUAAUAAAAUAUUUGUAUUUCAACCCGAAUAAUGUAACAAUUCAAAUUUAAUUAUCUACACUCUUAAUGAUUAAAAAUAAUUUACUGAAAGCAACAAACUUUCCAUAACAGAUGGAGGGUUAUCAUGCUAUUAUUUUUUCCCACUCAUAUAUAAUAAUAAAAAAAAUAUUCUUAUCAAUAAAAAUAACAAUUAUGUAAAUGUGAUAAGAGUGUUAAAAUAGGGUAAGGAAGAAGAAUGUGUAGAAUUCAGGUUAGAAUAGGCAAUAGACUUUAAAGAUAAUUGCAAUUUUGGCACUUUAAGCAAUGAUGGAGAAUAUUUAGUCACCUGGGAUUAAGACUCUUAUAAAAUUUAAGUAAGGAAGUACAUCGAAUGA